AUGUUGCGGUCGAUGCACGAUUUCGCGCCGAGUAACUUCGACGAUGUCUUCGUCCAUAGUCGGGAUAUGGAUGGAAAGACGGACGUGGAGGUUCAUAGAAUUCACGUCCGGAAGGUUCUUACGCAUAAGCGAGAGCGUAAUUUGUUCGCGAACCUCAAGAAGUGCUUAUUCGCAGCUAACGAAAAACCAUUUCUUAGUUUCAUUGUGGGUAAAAACGGUGUACGCCCUGAUCCGGAAAAGAUCAAGGCGAUUAGCGACUGGCCUGUGCCAGUCGACGUCAAGGAACUUCGAAAGUUUCUUGGAUUGGCGGCGUACUUGCACAAGCACUCGCGCAACUACGCCGAGACGACCAUUAUCUCUCUGGUCUGCUAA